AUGAACAAAGAGUGCAGCAAGUGCCUCAUUUCCAAUGGCAAAAGCUUUAGACUCCUCAAUUAUUUCUCGGAGCUUUCAUCCAGUAACAUGAUGCCUCCACGUCUCCUACGCUUUAUUGAUGUACCUUCUGAGGAUGAGUCUAUUGAUGUACCUUCUGAGGACAGUGACCAGGAGGAACUUGACCGCUUUAUUCGAGAGAUUGAAGAUGCUGCAGACAAAGAGUGGGAAGAGGAGGAAGCGGUAGAGAAAGAGGAACUUUCAAGAAUUAGGUAUUGGGGAAAAGAUGACAUGGGUCGGUCAAGCAGGGCACCAAAUUGGAGAAGUGAUAAUUCAGAAGAUGAGGAUAGGGCUCAUGUAAGGCGUUGGAAUGGUACUUCUACUGGAUUGGGAAAUACAGAGAGGAAAAAUUGGGAUAGUGACAAUGACAUGUCCACAGCUUCAGAAGACGAGUGGGAUUAUGAUGACAAAGUGAGUGAUGCUACAAUUGAUGUUGAUAGACAUAACUCCUAUAGUAAAGACGGGACUCGAGAAAGAGAGACAAAUAAAAUAAAACAGAGAAAAAGCAGGGCUGCCCCAAAGGAAUAUUUGAGAGAUAGAGCUAGUGUUGAAACCAGAUGGAGAGAACAUGAAGAUAUCAGCCUAGAUGGUGAUGUUUUGGGAGAUUCAGAAGAUGCGGUUGGGGAAUCAGAAGAUGAGGACGGACACAAUUUUGUGGAAUCAACAAUGGGCCCUUAUGAUUAUCUCAGCAAUGAAGAUUCAGAAGACAACGAUAGCGGGAGUAGACAGAAGAUAGGUGCGCUUGAUGAGAAAAAGGGUGAUGAAAGUUGGGAUAGUGAUUAA